AUGUCGACACAAUAUAGCCCUGUCGCUGUUGCCACCCAGCAACCUCCUACUCAAUUAUUUACGAAAGCCGGUGGCAUCGUGACUGCCGCCUCACAAAUAAUACACCAGCGCAAGAUAUAUCGAUUACCAUCGGUUUUGAUGCGUUCUGGAACUUCAAGGGGUCUUUUCAUUCAUCGGCACCACCUCCCCAAGUCACAGUCGGAAUGGGGUACUAUUCUCAUUGGUGCUUUGGGAUCUAGAAAUAAUGACCCUCGACAGCUGGAAGGGGUGGGAGGAGCCACGUCGACAACGUCAAAAGCCGUUGUUGUCUCAAAAUCUUAUAGACCUGGAAUCGAUGUUGAAUAUACUUUUAUUCAGAUUACAGUUGGUCAGGAAAAGGUCGACAUGACCGGAAAUUGUGGCAACAUGGCUUCUGGAAUUGCUGCUUUUGCCUUGGAGGAGGGGUUGAUAACAGCAAGGCCAGGCCAAUCGGAGCUUUCUGUGCGAAUAUACAACACAAAUACCCGGUCCGUGUUAGUAGAAACAAUCCAGGUCAACGACAGCGGACACUUUCUAGAAGAUGGAGAAUACCACAUAAGUGGUGUCAAAGGAACUGGAAGUAGUAUCAAAGUGUCCUUUCUGAAUCCUGGGGGAAGUAUGACUGGCAAAGUGUUCCCAACAGGAAAUCGUCAAGACAAAAUUAUGGUGCACGAGAGGAGCGGUCUACCGGAACAGUUUAUGGUCAAGGCGACGCUGAUAGAUGUAUCUAACCCUUUCAUAUUUGUUGAUUCAUCAUCGCUACCUCCCGAUUAUCAUGCCACAGGUUCAGAUUCAGAUAUAGCACUUGAUAUAAUCGAGUCCAUACGACGCCAGGGGGCAGUUCAGUUCGGUCUUGCCAGUGACGUCGAUUCUGCAGGUCUUAAGAGAGGAACUCCAAAAAUUGCAGUUAUUUCCAAACCACUUGGUCCACUACCGGGGUUCAACACAAGACCCGAUAUCUCAGUAUUGGCCUAUAGCAUGGGGAAAGUUCACCCAAGCGUUCAGCUCACCGGAGCUGUGUGUCUUGGAGCUGCGGCUUGUCUUGAGGGAACAGUGGUUUCGGAAUUGAUGAAAUCGGAAAUACCAUUGUCGUCACAAGAGCUGACACCAUUGGGGACAGAUGUGUCCCUUAAAAUAACGAGCGAAAAACAAGAUAAUAUUCAAAAUGACCGGAGCAUUGUAAUUGGCCAUAGCAGUGGUACAAUCGAUGUCGACGUCGAAGUGACAGAAAACGAUCUGGUCCAGAGUGUCACUGUGUUUCGUACAGCCAGGAGGUUAUUUGAAGGUACAAUUCUUGUUCCACUAUAA